AAUGUCAAAGCUUUCUCUCCAUUCAGAAAAUUUUUAUUGUAAAAUUUGUAAUAAAAGUCGGAUUUUUUGGUUUUCCAUAUGUAGGAAUUCCCGGUGAUGGGAGAUGUUUAUUCCGAGCAGUGACUCAUGGUGCCUGCUUGAGAGCAGGUAAACCAACACCAAGCGAGAACCUCCAAAAGGAGCUAGCUGAUGAACUGAGAAAUAAAGUUGCAGAUGAAUUUAUCCAGAGGCGAGCUGAAACAGAGUGGUAUCUUGAAGGUGACUUCGAUGGUUAUGUUAAUCAAAUUAGACAGCCCCAUAUUUGGGGAGGAGAGCCUGAGCUGAUCAUGUCUUGCCAUGUUCUCCAGAUGCCAAUAACAGUUUAUAUGCGUACCAAGUGCUCUGAAGGGCUAAAAGUUAUAGCAGAAUAUGGUCAGGAAUAUGGAAAGGAAGAUCCAGUUCGUGUCUUAUACCAUGGCUAUGGACAUUAUGAUGCUCUGCAGCUUCCUCUUGGCAGAGCUCAACCCAAACUGCAUAUGAAAAGAUGAAUUAAGCUGGUGUAGGAGCAGAGAAUCUGUACUUUGCAUGCCUCACAGAGGGUCUCUGUAUCAACAAAUUUCAAUGAAUGUUGUAAGCAUACUCAACGCUUAUACAACACUAAUAUUUAAUGAAUAAAUUAGAUGAUUGGCUCAAACUUUGUCGCAUCAAUGAAUAUAUUUCUUAUUAUCUACAUGACUGUAUUUGAUUUCUUCA